AGUGAGUGUCCGCGCCUCGCCCUCCGCGCACCUCUGAACCCAGCGCGUCUGCUGCGAUAGUUGGAGCCUUCUUCAGUGGCUCUUAGAUCCCGGCACAGCGAGCCGGUGGGCUAGGCGAAGAUGUUGCUGGUGGUGGUGGUGGCGGUGCUGGCGGCGAUGGCGGAAGCAGUGUCCCUGAAUCCGACCUUCCGGCACGCUAGCGGCUUCCAGGCCGUGCCUUUCUACAUCCAUCCCCCGGAGAACAUUCAGAGUAGUCAACCUCUUGAUUACAAACACAUCCUCUACAGCUACAGUUUCUCGCCGACGGAGAUCAACAUCCGUCACCGUGGACAGAAUCCUGUCAGGUACAGUGUGCCUUCUAACAUCCCUUACGCGGCGCCAUACACGCAGGAACAGAACUCCGGCUUCGACAGAGGCCAUAUUGAGUUCCCCGGACCACCUGCACACAGAGCUCAGUUCGCUUCUCCAUUAAACUAUGCGCGUCCAGCACAUCAGGACGAGGAGGACCUCGACCAUACCCCCCUGCGCGAUGCCGUCGAGUCGGUGCCCCUCGAAGCCCAGGAAUACAUUUUCAGGGUGGCGGAGGAGGAGGACGAGGUGCCAUUCUCUCGAAGCAACGUCGAGUCGUAUCCCCACUUCCAGACCCCGUACUCUGGAGGCGUUAGAGAUGAUGAAAUACAAGCGGUUGUCAUAGAGGUGUCUGACGGCGGGAUCUACGAGGACGACGAAAAGUUCGGUUGGGUGGGGAUCCGGGACUCCGUUGAGUCCCCGCCCUUGCGUACGCCCAUCCAGGACCCGGAGGAGGCCAGCCCCCUCCCUGUACAGCUUAACAGUCGACCAUAUGGGAUUUGGUCUGAGCAGCUGUUGGGCUUGAGUAAAGUUGCAUUUGGCCCAGAGUUCGACGACGACAACAUCCUCUCACACUCGGAUGCCUCCUUGGGAUAUAAAGCUGGCGGAGAGUUGGCCAACUACAAGGCCACCAUCAGGAGCCAGAGUGGAGACUACAAGCUGAUAUGUUACUUUGGAGGAUGGUCAGUGUACAGGCCCGAGCCCUUUGACUUCUCCGUGUCGGACAUCGACCCCUUCUCUUGCACCCACGUCAUCUAUUCCUUCGCAGGUCUCAAGAAGAAUGAACACACCAUCAUUUCUCUUGAUGAGAAGCUCGACGUUAUCCAAGGAUCAUACAAGGCUGCAGUAGGCUUGAAAGAACAAAAUCCGGCCCUUAAGGUGAUGAUCGCCAUCGGCGGCUGGAAUGAAGGAGGCAAGAAGUACUCAAGAAUGGCUAGUAGCAAGUCAAACAGGGAGAAAUUCAUAAAGUCGGUCAUCGCCUUCAUCAAGGAACACGGUUUUGAUGGUCUCGAUCUCGACUGGGAGUACCCAGGUGCCAGUGAUCGGGGUGGGUCCUGGUCAGACAACAAGAACUUCGCUGACCUCGUUGACGAGCUGGCAGUUGCCUUCAAGCCCUAUGGCUGGCUUCUUUCUGCUGCCGUCUCCCCAGCCAGGUUCCGUGUUAAUGAGGGCUACGAUGUUGCGCGCAUCUCCAAGAGUCUGGACUUUAUCAACAUCAUGACUUAUGACAUGAGGGGCCCUUGGGAUGGCAAGGCAGACCACCAUGCUCCCAUCAGCACCCGCCCCUCAGACACCUGGUCCUUCAAGAACCUCAACACAAAGGAUGGAAUGGCCUACUGGGCCCUGAAGGGUGCGCCAAAGGAAAAGCUGGUGAUGGGCAUUCCCUUUUACGGGAGGUCGUUCACUCUGGCUGACCCCAACCAGAAUACGCCUGGAGCCAGGGCACAGUCAAGUGGGAAGGAGGGCCAGUACACCAAGGAGCGGGGUUUCCUCGCCUACUACGAAGUGUGUCAGUUGCAGCAGCAGGGCAGUUGGAACCUGCACAGGGACCCUACUGGAGGACCUUAUAUGAACAUGGGUGACCAGUGGGUCGGCUAUGAUGACAAAGACUACAUCACUAAAAAGAUGGAACUGAUCAAAUCUGAAGGUUUUGCUGGUGCCAUGGUGUGGGCUAUCGACCUAGAUGACUACAAGGGUGUGUGUGGUGAGAGGUGGCCCUUGCUCUCGGCCAUCCGUCGCAACCUGGGCCUCAAGUCUAUUUCUUCUGCCACCAUCCCCUUGUUGCCUUUACCCUUUACUACCACCACCACCACCACCACCUCAACCACCACAGAAGUGACAACUCAGCGAACUACAGCUACAAAAGCCAUUACCUCCACAACCAUAGCCACUUCGGCCCCCAUCGCGACCACCAUAACCGCCGGCACUGACACCGACGACGGAGCCACAUCUGCACCUUCCUCCAUGACCCCCACAGAGGCUACACCUGCACCUACCUUCCAAUGUCCAGGCUCUGGCUUCUUCCGCAUUGAGGACAACUGCUCUGUGUAUUAUGUGUGUGACACGAGUCUGAAUGCAUACAAGUUCGAGUGUCCAUAUGGUCUGGUGUUCGACCUCCAACGCAGACUCUGCAACUGGCCCAGACAUGUUGAAUGUGGCGCUGGGUUCUCUGCCUACAAUUGGUCAGUGUGCGUGGAGGAUGGACUGUACAGUGACCCGACUGACUGCCAUAGGUUUACGUUGUGUAGCUCUGGAGUGGCCUCCAGAUACUCCUGCCAGGAUGGAACGUUCUUCAACCCCAAAACCGGUAUUUGCAGUGAGUCACAGGAGACAUUUUGCCAACAUGGGCAGAGUGUGAAGGUGGGAGAUGAGCAGCUGUCCCCAGCUGAGACAGCAGCCCGUCUGAAGAUGGCCUCUCCAAGUGACUACAAGGUUGUGUGUUACUUCACAAGCUGGUCCUAUCACCGUGCCGACCCUUAUAAGUAUGCUCCUGAGUACGUUGACCCUACUCUCUGCACCCAUCUCAUCUACGCGUAUUCCAUGCUUGACCCAACUGAUCUGGUUAUGCGGGCACUCGACCCUUUCCUCGACUUCGACUACAGUUUCUACCAGAGGAUUUUGUCACUGAGGCAGAAGGCUCCAGGCCUGAAGGUGAUGCUAGGUUUAGGAGGCUGGGUCGACUCUAUCAGCGAUAAGUACUCCCGGAUGGUGAACGACCCCAAGGCUGCCACCAAGUUUGUGCAACACACUACAGACGUGUUAAGGAUUUAUGGGUUCGACGGUCUGGACUUCGGCUGGAUGUUUCCCCGAUGUUGGCAGAUGGAUUGUUCUAAGGGUCCACAGACGGAUGUCUCCUCCUUCACCAACCUAAUAAAGGAGCUGAAGACUGCCUUCAGUGCCCAAUCGCCCCCGCUGCUGCUGUCGGCAGCUGUCUCUCCAGCUCGUAAUACCAUCGACCGCUCUUAUGAAGUGGUGAAACUCUCAAAAUAUUUGGACUUCCUUAAUGUUAUGACCUAUGACUACCAUGGUGCCUGGGAAAAGAAAACAGGCCAUGUCUCUCCCCUCCACUUCAGGAGCGGUGAUCUGUAUGAGAGCCAGAACACAGCUUACUCCCUCAAGCAUUGGGUAGACAGGGGCGCGGAUCCCAGGAAACUGGUGAUGGGCAUCCCGUUCUACGGGCAGACCUUCACGUUGACCAACCCCUCACAAAAUGGCCUUAAUGCCCCUGUCAGAACCGGGGGAGAGCCUGGUGCCAUCACAAUGCAGAAGGGCAUGCUGGCCUACUUUGAAAUUUGUCAAGCUGUACGCACACCUGGCUGGACCAAAGUGGUGGACGCAACGGGUGCUAUUGGGCCGUAUGCCCACAAGGGGAACCAGUGGUAUAGCUACGAUGACCCCACCUCCGUCGCUACCAAGGCCACCUUCAUCAGAGAGGCUGGUUAUGGCGGUGCCAUGGUGUGGGAUCUGAGCUUUGAUGAUCUUCACAAUGACUGCUGCAGGGAGUCCAUGCCUCUCCUACGGGCCAUCAAUCGGGUGUUGAGAAGCGUGCCGUACCCACCACCCAGGCCAGGGGGAAACUGUGCCAAGAUUUCUCCAGGAGCUACCCCACCCACCCCCAUCAGGACUACAACGUAUGCCUCAGACAUUUUCAGCAAGAAGCCCACUACAUCGGAGUAUGGGAAGUUUACCAUCACUGACGAACCAACAAAGUCCACCCCAUCUUGGAUGACUCCUUGGCAAUCAACUACCAAGAAGACCACUAUCAUCACAUCUACAAGCACCCAGCAACCCCCAUGGGCCCCAAGUACAGAAAGACCUCAGUGGCCUCCAGCCACUGAACGACCUCAGUGGCCUCCAGCCACUGAACGACCUCAGUGGCCUCCAGCCACUGAACGACCUCAGUGGCCUCCAGCCACUGAGAGACCUCAGGGGCCAACAACUGCUCAGCAACCUCAAUGGCCUUCAUCCACACAGCGUCCUCAAGAUCCUCCUCAACAGCCUCCAGGCACUCAAUAUCCACAGUGGCCUCCAACCACACCGCGUCCUCAAUGGCCCCCAACCACACCGCGUCCUCAGUGGCCUCCAACCACACCGCGUCCUCAGUGGCCUCCAACCACACCGCGUCCUCAGUGGCCUCCAACCACACCGCGUCCUCAGUGGCCUCCAACCACACCGCGUCCUCAGUGGCCUCCAACCACACCGCGUCCUCAGUGGCCUCCAACCACACCGCGUCCUCAGUGGCCUCCAACCACACAGCGUCCUCAAUGGCCUCCAGCCACAGAGAGACCAAUAUUGCCCCCAAGUACACAAAGGCCAGCCCCAUCCACCAGUCGACCACAGGCUGUGAGUGGGCCUCGACCAGGAGACCCCUGUACUCCAAGUGACUACUUCCCGAAGAUUGGCAGCUGCAACCUUUUCCUCAGGUGUAUCAACCAGAAGCUGGAAGAAGGACGAUGUGCACCGGGUCUUCACUGGAAUCAAGCAGCUAAAAUAUGCGACUGGCCCAAUAAUGCCAAGUGCCAAAAGUUCCCUGGUCCACCUCCAGAUGUUCGACCCAUCAAACCUGAAGUUAUUCCUCCUUCCAUCCCAACAACCACGAUUUCCACCACACAAGCCGCCACCACCACGCAACCCACCACCACCUCCACAACUCAGCUCUCCACAGUCACCUGGUGGUGGACACCGCCCUCCACCAUCUCAACCACCACACGACCAUGGUGGACACCUCAACCUACCACCACUUGGAGACCCAAAACUACCACUACCAAACUACCCUGGUGGCAUUCCACUCGUUCCACCCAUGUUUCAUCAUCUACAACUACACCUCUCCAGACUCCCGCCCCCGUGUCUAGCCAACCCGCACAUAGUUCCUCUGAAGAAGCUGAAGGAGAUAGGUGUGAAGAGGGCAACACUCGGGGCUUGGUUGGCGAGUGCAACAGCUUCCUGCAGUGCGUCAACGGGGCCUGGCUCAAGCUCUCCUGCGGUGCUGGCCUUCACUGGAACAGAAAGCUCAAGAUCUGUGACUGGCCUCAUAUGGCGAAGUGCACCAGUAUAGUGUCCACCUAUAACCCGGAUGGUUCUUCAGUUGGCCCUAGGGCCAGAACGCGCUGCAAGAAUGAGGGCCAGGCAUUCGCGGGGCCCCAGUGUACUGCUGUGGUGCGAUGCACUCAGGGUUUCCUCACAGUCGGCCAUUGUACUGGUGGGCUGGUGUGGAACAACGAUAAAGACUCCUGCGACCUACCCUAUCGAGUCCCCAUGUGCUCAACUGUUAUCUUCACGCCCAAAUCUGAAGCUUUGCGGCCAGAGGAGUCCGAGUUCCCCGGGUCAAGUAAGCUGUCAACACCCAGACCUACCGACAUCAGUAUGCCAUGCUCAUUAGGUGACAACAUCAUUGCCGACCCCCAUAGCUGCAGCCAUUACUUAGUCUGCAUCCAUGGAGAGUGGAAAAGACAAAAAUGUCAAGCUAAUACCCUAUGGAAUUCGGAGCAAAAGACCUGUGACUGGCCAGCAAAUGUCAAGUGCAAGAACAAACCCACACCCCCACCGACCGGUUCCAAAUGGCCCAAGCCAGAGACGAGCACUCCACCACAGGCUCAUCCAGGAUUCCCAGGGCAGGAACCCCCUGCACCUCCCGAGAUUCCGUCUGAGGUUUCUCCCUUACCUGAAGAGACCCAAACGCCUAGCACAGUUGAUUUAACUCCCGUGGAUGCUACUGGAGGGCUUUCAGGUGACUAUAAGGUGGUAUGCUACUUCACGAACUGGGCAUGGUACAGGCCUGGGGUAGGCAAAUACAAGCCAGAGGACAUCGACCCUACCCUCUGCACCCACAUUGUAUAUGGCUUUGCUGUGCUUGACUACUCCAACCUGAUCAUCAAGCCUCACGAUAGCUGGGCCGACAUCGAUAACAAGUUUUACGAGAAGGUGACUUACCUGAAGAGGAGGGGCAUCAAGGUAACUAUUGCCAUUGGUGGAUGGAAUGACUCUGCCGGCGACAAGUACAGCCGCCUAGUGAACAACCCUACAGCUCGCAGAAAAUUCUCUCAACAUGUCGUAGAGUUUAUCGAGAAGUACAACUUUGACGGUCUUGAUUUGGACUGGGAAUACCCUAAGUGCUGGCAGGUGGACUGCAACAAGGGCCCGGCGUCGGACAAGGAGGCCUUUGCUACAUGGGUGAAGGAACUGAGUGAAGCCUUCAAGCCACGUGGCCUCCUCCUCUCCGCUGCCGUCUCCCCCAGCAAGAAGGUCAUUGAUGCAGGUUACGAUGUGCCUACCCUCAGCAAUUACAUGGACUGGAUUGCCGUCAUGACCUAUGAUUUCCAUGGUCACUGGGACAAGAAGACUGGCCAUGUCGCCCCUAUGUUCUAUCACCCUGAGGACGAAUAUGAUUACUUCAACAUGGACUUUGCCAUCAGAUACUGGCUGGAGAAAGGUGCCUCCAAGGACAAGAUAGUGCUGGGAAUGCCACUCUAUGGACAGUCCUUCACCCUCAACGAUCCCCAAAAUACUGGCCUAAAUUCCCCAGCCCGAAGUGGUGGUCAGGCUGGAGAGUUUACCCGUGCCCGCGGCUUCCUUGCCUAUUAUGAAAUCUGCAAAAAUAUUCAACAAGGAUGGCAGGUGGUGAAGGACCCUGAGAGCAGGAUGGGUCCAUAUGCAUACUCUGGCAACCAGUGGGUGUCCUUCGAUGAUGUUGAUACCAUCAGGAUGAAGUCUGAGUACAUCCGUAAGAUGGGCUUGGCUGGUGGAAUGGUGUGGGCCCUCGAUCUUGAUGACUUCAACAACCGCUGUGGACAGGGCCGCCAUCCACUCCUGAAUACUAUCAAGAAAGUGCUCGGCCCAAGCAAAUCUGGUGUCCAACCACCACCAUUACGGUUACCAGAACCUGACAUAAUGCCAUCCAAGCCAGACACGUCACCGGUAAAACAAGUGUCUACAGAGACAUCAUGGUCCCAAGGAACAACCCCAUCAGUGUCAGUCCCAGAACAUGUUAUCACUCCUAAACCCGGGACAUCAGGACCUGUAUACCAAAAACCUAAUGGAGAUGAUGGGUACAAGGUAGUGUGUUAUUUCACCAACUGGGCGUGGUACCGGCCAGGAGAAGGCAAGUACGUUCCCGAGGACAUCGACUCUUCCCUCUGCACACACGUCAUCUACGGCUUCGCGGUUCUUGAUGCCAACACCAACAAAAUCAAAGCACAUGAUUCUUGGGCAGACUAUGACAAUAAGUUCUAUGAGCGUGUGGUGGCCCACAAGGCUAAAGGGGUGAAGGUUCUCAUAGCCAUUGGUGGAUGGAAUGACUCUGCUGGAAGCAAGUAUAGCGUCCUGGUGAACAACCGUGCAACUCGUAGUGCAUUCAAUGCGCACGUUGUUGAUUUUAUCCUGAAGUAUAACUUCGAUGGCCUUGAUUUGGACUGGGAGUACCCUGUGUGCUGGCAGGUGAACUGUGACAAGGGUCCCAGCACUGACAAGUCAGCUUUUGCUGAAUGGGUGAGAGAACUCAAGCAGGCCUUCCAGCCUCAUGGUCUUCUCCUAUCAUCUGCUGUCUCUCCCAGUAAUAAGGUUAUUGACAUGGGUUACGAUGUGCCUGUUUUGAGUCAAUAUCUGGACUGGAUUGCUGUCAUGACAUAUGACUACCAUGGCCAAUGGGACAAGAAGACUGGCCAUGUUUCCCCUAUGUAUGCCCACCCUGAGGACGACAAUCUUGCAUUCAAUACUAACUUCACCAUUCACUACUGGAUCGAGAAGGGGGCAGAUAGAAAGAAGCUGGUGAUGGGUAUGCCCAUGUAUGGCCAAUCAUUCAGCCUGGCAGAGCGCGGGAACAAGGGACUCAACCAGCCGACCUAUGGAGGGGGCACGGCUGGCCAGUACACACGGGCAAGAGGAUUCCUUGCCUAUUAUGAGAUCUGCUACAGAAUCCAGAAUCGCGGGUGGACAGUGGUGAGAGACCCACAGGGGAGGAUGGGCCCCUAUGCCUACAAGCUUGACCAGUGGGUUGGCUUCGAUGACGUCGCAAUGAUCAGAUAUAAGUCGGAAUACAUCAAGAUGAUGGGUCUUGGUGGUGGCAUGAUCUGGGCACUGGACCUGGAUGACUUCAAGAACCGUUGUGGCUGUGAGCGUCAUCCACUCCUCAAGACCAUCAAUAGGGUCCUCAGAAACUACCCGGAACCCGAUCCUAACUGCCCCCUUCUCGAAGGUCAGGAUGAAAUGCAGCCAUUCGUGCCCACAGAAACAGAUAUUUCUGAUCAGGAGACCCCAGAUGUACCAGAUGUAGACCCUCUUGAACAACCAGAACCACCACCACCCUCACAAAGCACCCCAUCACUGAGGAGUUGUCAGUCCAAUACCCUCACCCCUCACCCAACAGACUGCGCUAAAUAUAUGGAGUGUGUCCACGGCGAGUUAGUUGAACGGAAGUGUGCUGGAGGCCUCGUAUGGGUCAAGGACAGAUGUGAUUGGAAGAGUAAGGGGUGUAAAAUAGGUCAGGCUCCACAGGUUGGCUCUCCUGUCACAGUUGGUACUCCUUCAUGGCACACUACCACCAGGACUCCCACUACUACUCGUACUACUACUCGUACUACCACUCGUACUACCACAACUACCAUGGCCACCUGGCAGAGGCCCAUUGUUCCUUCUCCGAGUACCCCAUCGGUGGCCAGACCACCUGUCGUACCUCAUAGUGGCUAUAUGGUUGUAUGUUACUUCACCAACUGGGCGUGGUAUCGCCAGGGGCCAGCCAAGUACAAGCCUAGUGACAUCGAUCCAAACUUAUGCACGCAUAUUGUAUAUGGCUUUGCUGUGCUUGACCCCACCAAACUUGUAAUCAGGCCGCACGACUCCUGGGCUGAUAUUGACAACAAAUUCUAUGAGAAGGUGGUUGCUCUGAAAGCACAUGGAAUUAAAGUGACUCUUGCCAUCGGUGGAUGGAAUGACUCGGCUGGCGACAAGUACAGCCGACUAGUGAAUGAUCCAGCAGCUCGUAGGAAUUUCAAUGAACAUGUUAUACAAUUCAUCUUGAAAUACAACUUUGAUGGUCUUGACCUGGAUUGGGAGUACCCUGUGUGCUGGCAGGUGAACUGUGAGAAGGGCAACCCAGCAGACAAGGCCGCCUUUGCCGAGUGGGUGAAGGAACUGCAUGAAGCCUUCCAGCCUCAUGGUCUCCUACUGUCUGCUGCUGUCUCCCCCAGCUACAAAGUUAUUGAUGCAGGUUAUGAUGUUCCAAAGUUGAACCGCUACUUUGACUGGAUCGCCGUAAUGACCUACGACUACCACGGUCACUGGGACAAGAAGACUGGCCACGUUUCACCUAUGUACUACCACCCUGAUGACGACGAACCCUUAUUUAACACGAAUUCCACCAUCCAUUACUGGAUCGAGAAGGGAGCGGACCGCAAGAAACUGGUGAUGGGUAUGCCCUUGUAUGGGCAGGCCUUCUCCCUGGGAUGGCAAGCUAAGGGACACGGUCUUAACGAACAUGCACCAGACAAGGGCCAGGCAGGACAGUACACCAAAGCUGCGGGCUUCUUGGCCUACUACGAGAUCUGUCACAAAGUCCAGAGUGGCGGUUACACACUAGUGAAGGAUCCUCUAGGCACGAUGGGACCGUACGCAUACACGAAAACACAGUGGGUGAGCUUCGAUGACACCGCUAUGAUCAGACACAAGUCUGAGUACAUCAAGAUGAUGGGUCUGGGAGGAGGCAUGGUUUGGGCAUUAGACCUGGACGAUUUCCGGGGCCGUUGUGGCUGUGAGAAUCACCCACUCCUGCGUACCAUUAACAGAGUUCUGAGAUCCUACCCAGAGCCUGAGCCUAACCCUCGCUGCGACCUGUGAUCCACUUGAUACUUCCAAGAAUUCCAAAUGGGAACAUGGCAUUCGCUAAAGAAUCUUCAGGAGAGUGUAGCUUGUAUCAAGGGACCUAGGAUUUACAUAGCUUGUGUCAAAGGAUCUAAAAAUAAACUUCUUUGAGUCAAAAAGUAUACAUAUUAAAAUAGUUUAAAAGGGCAUGAGACUAACACAGUAUGUCGGAGAACCUACAAUUAACUUGUCUUGUGCCAGAAGAUCUUUGAGUAGUAAAACAUGCAGUAAGUAGUGUGUGAUCUAGACAAUCCUUCCCAGAAAAUGCCUCAAAACUACAAUUUUCUUAACAGAAGGCUGUUUUUUCCCAAAAUGUAUCGAAAUGAGUAUAAAUUCUAAUUGGGCUUGGUUCUGAUAUACUCUCACUCUUCAUAUAUCUUAUGCCAGACAGUUAUUUAGAGAGGAACCAGUGAUACCAUCCAGGGAUAAAUGGGAAUAAAUUAUGUGAUUAUUCACUUGUGUAUGUGUAUGUGCGUGUGUGUGAGCCUAAAAUACUCAUCAGGGCCCAUCUGAAUAUAAUUUUAGAGGAUAUGAGUGAGAUCCCGGUUAAUAGAGCCUAGAUUACUCAUCAGGGCCCAGCUGAAUAUAAAUUUUAGAGGCUAUGAGUGAGAUCAGGUUAAAAUUUAUACCGACUAUCAAUUGUGAGAUAUUAUUAUUGUCCUAAAUCGCUCACUGGUGCCAGUUGCGUGUUUAUGUUGCUACCUGGAGUCGAGCUGUGAAAUUAUGCAUUGUUAUUUUUAUUAUUAUUGUUGUUAUUGUUAUUGUUGUACCGUACUGGGCCGGAUUCCAGAACUUGUGGCAUUAUAUAACGCUCAUUAUUUAUCAAUAAAAUAUUUAAAAAAAAUUUA